AUGUAUUCCAAGAGAGAUCAAAGGUUCUACAUGUCUUGGGAUGGUCACGAAUCAACGGAGCCUGAGUUCCAUGGGUUGCGGUUUCACAACCUUCCUCAGUUUUCUCAUUCCGAGUUGCAGAUUUUAGAUUCUUGUCAUAGGACACAACACCUUGUCGAGUCUCCCUCAGGACAACGAUUCCUAGCUAGUGAAAUGCGCACAUACUAA